AUGAGCGAGUCGUCUCUGCAGGCGGUGUGGCAUGUGGUCCGCAGCACAGUCCGCCAUGCGGUGGCUGUAGAUAUGGAGAAGGUACCUGCUCUGUCGCAGGAGUCAGUGGGCCAGAACACCCUCUUGCUCCAGCAUAUAACAUCAGCGGCUGAAAUUGGCACAGUCGUGCGAGACUUGACAAUGAGUAUGCCUAAUGAGCUUAUUGUUGUCGUGAUGCGCGCCAAGUCAAGCAGUCUUUUGCGCCUGGUCCCUCACCUGCCUGCGCUGGCGAAGCUGCCUGUCGUCCUUCAUGUUGAAACGUGCAUGCAUCAUGCCGAUGUUCUCCAACUGCGCCAGAGCGGUGUGGCUAUGGUGUAUUCAGGUGCCGGCGACGCUGCAGAGGCCCAGGCAUAUGCACUGUUUGCGCACAAGCUGGCGGCGAGCACACAGACGGGUGUUAUUCACUUCUUCGACGCCACACAUCGCCAAGAUUCGUCAUGUGCUUCGCUUGCUGAUACGUCGAAAUUCCAAAGCUCUGUGCAGGUUCUGAAGGAGCGUAGAGAUUUGUCGGACGCUACGAUCGAUCAGACACUUGCUGACGUGAAUGCACUGUUGGGCACGAAGAUUGCUGCUGUCGACCUGCACGGCCACACCUCUGAAACAACGGAUACGAUGGCUGUGAUGCUAGGUGGCGCGGGUGCCGAACUUGCUGAGAGUGCGCAUGUGCCUGUGCUAUCGGUCCAUGUGGUGCGUCCUCUUCUGCCAACGCGCCUAGUGGGCAUGAUUCCCUCGAGCGUGAAGCGCGUCGCUGUGCUGGAACAUAGCGCCAAGCGAUCGACCCGACUUCCGCCACUUCUUGUUGAUGUUGCCAAUGCAUUCCAGCAUGUGCCUGAGCGCACGAUGCCCACGCUGCUGAGUGGCAUGCUGGGCCAUAUUCAGAGUGAUGUGGCGAAGGCCGGUCAGACACUCUCACAAGCAUGCCAUGCUGCAUCGUCUAGUGAUGCCAACUCUGCUUCCAAGUCUUCUUUCACCAUCGGCGAGUUUGCGUCGUCAUCUGACGAGCAAGCGAUCUCAGUCCGCAAAACAUUAGCACACGAACGUGCCUACCACGCGAUGCUUGAGAUGUUGUUCAAAGAACGCUUGGAUGUCGUGAAUGCGCCGACUGACGAGGCGCAGCAUGGUGCUGCAAGUCCUGAGUACGCCCUUGGUAUCGUGCUCUCGCGGCUGAAACAGGCUGAUGCGCUCGUCGGCGCAGCACAACGCAUGUCGGAGGCGUCGAGCACGCCUGAUGCACUGCGGCAGGCGUUGCGUACUUGGCUUUCCGUGCGUGGGGAUUCGUCCCGGGUGUCGGCGGCCGCCGACGAUGUGCGGGCGAAUCUGAAGGGCGUCGCCGGCGAGGAGGCAGAUGUGCUGCGCGCUCAUGAGCCCCUCCUCAUUCCGCCAUCGCGCUGGAUCGUCGGCAACGAUGCAUGGGCGUACGACACUGGCAUGGGCGGUGUACACCACGUGAUUGCGUGUCAGCAGAAUGUGAAUAUGAUCAUCUUUGACUCAGUGCCCUACACGCAGCGGGACCAAGUGCCUCUGCACCAGCGCAAAAAGGACAUUGGUUUGUAUGCGAUGAACUAUGGCAACGUGUACGUCGCAAGUACGGCGCUUUACUCGGACUACUCGCAGGUCUUGCGAGCGAUGAUGGAGGCGGAUCGAUUUGAUGGCCCAUCGAUCAUCCUUGCCUACAUGCCGUACCUCACAAGCGAUGUGCCGGCACUCGAUGUACUACGCGAGACAAAGCUCGCAGUUGACUCUGGCUACUGGCCCUUGUACCGCUGGGACCCUAGCGCUGCUGCUGAGUCGAGUGGCCGCGCCGUGUUCCAUCUUGACAGUGUGCGUAUUCGGCAGCAACUACAAGAGUUUUUGGACCGAGAUAACCACUUGAGUCUGCUUGCGAGAGAGCGGCCGGAGCUACCGUACGACCUUGCCGCGUCACAAGGCACCGCGCUACGUGAGAAGCAGCAGCAAAAAGCGAAAGAGGCGUACGACCAGUUGCUGGGCUCGAUGCAGGGCCCACCGCUCCUCGUCUUGUUCGCAUCGGAUGCCGGUGGCGCAGAAAAGGUCGCGAAGCGUCUUGCGAUGCGUGCGCAGUUGCGUGGCCUUAGCGCGCGCGUGCUCGCGAUGGAUGACUACCCGGUCGAUGAGCUUGCGAGUGAGCAAAAUGUUGUCUUUGUCACGUCCACGGCUGGUCAGGGAGAGCCGCCGCAGAAUGGUCGCCUGACGAUGAAGGCGCUGGCGAAGCAGCCCACGGGCAUGCUGAACGAAGAGACGCGCUUCGCCGUAUUUGGCAUGGGUGACUCGCACUACUGGCCUCGGCCAGAGGAUGCCCACUUUUACAACAAGCCAGGCAAAGAUCUCGACCAGCGGCUAGUCCAGCUGGGUGCGAGUCGUAUGGUGUCGCUUGGGCUUGGCGACGACCAGGAUGCUGACGGCUGGCAGACCGGUUACAAGGCUUGGGAGCCUCAGCUGUGGAAGGCGCUUGGCGUCGACUCUGUGACAGUGACUGAGGCGGAGCCAGAGCCGAUCACAAACGAGCACAUCAAGGUGGCUAGCAACUACCUGCGUGGUACAAUUGCCGAGGGUCUGCAGGACACGACGACUGGCGCGAUUUGCGAGACCGACACGCAGCUAACCAAAUUCCACGGCACGUAUAUGCAGUACGACCGCGACACGGUGGAAGAGCGCAAGGCAGCAGGUCUCGAGCCCGCGUACGGCUUUAUGAUCCGCGUGCGUAUGCCAGGCGGUGUGUGUACGCCAGAACAGUGGCUGCAGCUCGACCAGGUGACGGAGCAGUACGGAGGGAUCAAGUCGCUUAAGAUUACAACCCGGCAGACGGUACAGUACCACAUGAUUCUCAAACGGAACAUGAAAGCUGCGAUGCAAGGCAUUAACAGGAGCAUGCUGGACACGAUAGCUGCGUGCGGUGAUGUGAACCGCAACGUGAUGUGCUCGCCGAAUCUGCAUCUGAACCAGGUUCACGAGGAAAUGUAUGAGUUUUCGAAACGCCUCUCGGACUACCUGCUGCCACGCAUGAAUGCAUACCACGAGAUCUGGCUCGACAAAGGCACUGACAGUUCGAGCAAGCUGCUUGUGGGUGGUGCGCUGCAGGACUAUGAGCCAUUGUAUGGACCAUACUACCUGCCGCGUAAGUUCAAGAUCACCCUGGCCAUGCCUCCGCGCAACGACGUUGACGUCUUUGCGCACGAUAUCGGACUUAUUGCCGUGUCGGAUGAGGCGCAAACCAAGCUGCUUGGCUUCAAUCUCGCCGUGGGUGGUGGUAUGGGUGUCACACACUCGAUGAAGGCGACGUACCCUCGGCUUGCCAGCGUUAUCGGCUAUGUGCCUGUGGAUCAAGUAUGCGAGGUUUGUCGACAAGUGCUGCUGAUUCAACGCGACACGGGCAAUCGGCAGAACCGGAAGCAAGCGCGUCUGAAGUACACAAUCGACAAGUACUGGGGUGGCGCAGACAACUUCCGUAGGGAACUGGAGCGCCGCCUCGGAUACAAGCUCGAAGAGGCACGGCCCUUCCAUUUCGACACUAACACGGAUGAAUACGGCUGGGUCAAGGACAUGAAUGGCAAGUGGCACUGCACGCUUUGGCUCGAGAAUGGGCGCGUUAUUGACGAGCCAGGGCUGCCGUUCCGGACGGGUCUUCGUGAACUGGCCAAAUUCCACAAGGGCACGUUCCGUCUCACCCCGAACCAACACAUCGUUGUGUCCGAUGUUGACGAGGCAGACAAGCCAAAGAUCGAGGCCCAUCUUGAGGAGUACAAGAUGAACAACUGGGAACACUCUGGUCUGCGUCUCAGUGCAAGUGCCUGUGUUGCAUUCCCGACGUGCGGAUUGGCCAUGGCCGAGUCGGAGCGCUACAUCUUCAAGCUUGUCGACAAGCUGGAGCGCAUCUAUCUUGCGAAUGGUCUCAAGCACGAUGAAAUCACCAUGCGCAUGACCGGCUGCCCGAAUGGCUGUGCACGUCCCUGGGUUGCUGAGAUUGCGUUCGUCGGCAAGGCCCCUGGCACAUAUGUGAUGUGCUUGGGUGGUGGACAUGCUGGGCAGCGACUGAACAAGAUUUUCCGCGAGAGCGUCACCGAAAAGGAGAUUGUCGAGAUCAUGGAGGUUCUUAUUCCUCGGUAUGCGCGUGAGCGUCUCAACGGAGAGCCCUUCGGCGACUGGGUAAUCCGCGCUGGUAUCAUUGCUGAAACUACGCAUGGGGCUGCAUUCUAUGACAAGGUCGAUACGAGCAAGCCACUGGCUGCGUUAGCUGCCUGA